GUCGUAAAGUAGUUGGUUCUGCCGUAAAGUGACAUGGCAGCAGCCGACAGCAUGUUUGACACUUUACUUCUUUAACGACUACCUCUUUUUCAUUUGGAUGUUGAAUAGGUGAAAGCGGACCUUUCUUAUGUAGCCUGUGAUCGACUCUUGGCCAUGUUCGUGUUGGUGGAGAUGGUCGACACUGUCAGGAUAUGUCCCUGGCACUUCCACAAGCAAGUCAACGAGGCAGUGUCCGAGGAGCUCAACAAGAAGCUGGCGAACAAGGUGGUGUACAACGUGGGGCUGUGCAUCUGCUUGUAUGACAUCACCAAACUGGAGGACUCCUACAUAUUCCCGGGGGAUGGCGCCUCACACACCAAAGUCCAUUUCAGGUAUGUGGUUUUUCACCCGUUCCUGGAAGAGAUCCUGGUGGGCAAGAUCAAGUACUGCAGUCAGGAGGGCGUUCAUGUGACCAUGGGCUUCUUUGACGACAUCCUCAUCCCGCCAGAGUCCCUGCAGCAGCCCACCAAGUUUGACGAAGCCGAGCAGGUGUGGAUGUGGGAGUAUGAGACGGAGGAGGGAGCUCACGACCUCUACAUGGACCCUGGAGAGGAGAUCCGCUUUCGAGUGGCGGAUGAGCUAUUCGUGGACACGUCGCCCACAGGACCCACCGCUGAUGCCACGCCAGACACACAACCUGGACAGUCCACCGCACCACCGCCCCCUGCUGAGAAGAAAGAAGCACCGUACACACUCAUAGGCAGCAUUUGUGAGCCGGGCCUGGGACUGCUGUCAUGGUGGAACAACUAGCAGCAGCAGCAGCAGCAGGAGGAGGAGGAGCUUAUCUGGGCGAGGACGCAUGACUGGAGUGACUGCGCGGCGGAGCAGGCAGGCCCACUUUUGACACAAUGAUUUUCACUUGUCUCUUUUCCUCAUCACAUGUCAUGAUUAUCUUCAUACAACAUCAAAUAAAUGUCAUGAUUGUCUUCAUACAACAUCAAAUAAAUGUCAUGAUUAUCUUCAUACAA